AUGGAAAAACAGCAGCACACAAAACUUGCCGUUGCGCCAUCAUCUCUCCUCGAUAUCUCGGUGUCGAUGCGCGGAAAUGGCUGCUACAAUCGAAAUGCCAAAAUACAAAAGGCAGCGAUGGUAAAAGCCCUCUCUCUUUUUCCCGCUGCUUGUGAAAACUGCCCAUUCAACGAAAGGCUGCACACGGUGGUAGACUAUGGGGCUUCCGAAGGGAUCAAUUCCAUAUCGCCAUUGUCGCAUUUUCUGAACUCCGCUGCGUGGGAUCCCGCCCACCCGAUCGACGUCCAAUACUUCUUAGUCGACACUCCAGCAAACGAUUUUACCUCUCUGGCAAGAACAAUGCAUUCAGCUAUGCCCGCAUGGGCAAAGGAUUAUCCGUCUGCUCGGGUUUUCCCUCUCAUGAUAGGACGAAGCUUUUAUCAGCAAAUUGUUCCAGAUAGACAAGUCCAUUUCGGAUUUUCUUUCAGUUGUCUACAAUGGCUGAGCCAAGUCCCACCAGCAGACGCUGCACAGAAUUAUCCUUUUGUCGACCGCGUCUUGCUUAUGAAUUCCCGCCAAAACACCUGCAGGGGGCAAUCCGACGCGGAUUUGCACCAGUUUCUUCGAGUUCGUGGCGACGAGUUCGUUUCUGGCGCACCCCUUAUUUUGAGUUUCGUCGGGAGAUCGACUACCUGUGCAUUUUGGGAAACGCCGGUCUUCAAGUGCCUACUUCUGGCACUUGAUGAGAUGGUGGGGUCCGGACUCAUAACCUUGACGACAGCAAACCUGUUCUACCCCCCCCUUUUUGCUCGUGAUUUACAGCAAGUCCAAGCUGUACUAAGCUCCGCCGAGGUAAACUCGACGUGGUCCACUGUGUAUCUUUCUGAGGAGGAUAUUGAGCACCCGAAAUCGAGCAAGCUGGCUAGACCUGGCACAAGCUUGGAAGAGAGCACCAAAUAUGCGGAGGAAAUGAUCAACUUUGGUUUCGUGAUUCUGUCAGAGUUUCUGAAAGAAGCGAUUCGAGCGCAAGUAGGACCGGCCUUUAUCCGUGGAAAAGUGGCCACUCCGGUCACCGGGGACAUCUUGGACGCAUUUGAUGGAGCCAUGUGUGACUGGCUUAUGCUGCGACUCCGUGAACCCGGCUGGCCAGGCUCGCUGCCCGUGAUUGUUGCUCUACUUGCUUCACUCAUUACCCUCUGCCUGACAUUAUCGAUUGACACGGGCUUAGAUAGACGCGCCGGCGCCGAGUCAAAAACGCUGCUUGGCAUCGCAUCGCGACCGCCACGUUGCAAGGAGCCAGGGGCGCUCCUUGCACAUCCUCUCUUUGGAACAGCAUUGCCCCUGACCACACUGGGAACAACCUUCUACCUACGCUUCAUGGCUCGAGUGGCGAGGACCGUGUCAAAAUACCGCGAGAAGGGAGCAAGCGACAACAUUUUAGACCACGCGCCCUAG